AUGUCUGAACCACCUUCAACACGGGUACAAACCCCAGACAUCACCUCCCCAGAAACAACCCGCACAAGCCACGUCCAAUCCCUAAUGGACCGCCUCCGCUCCAAAUCCCCCAUCUACAACUUCAUAAUGUCCUCCGCAACCCUCACAAGCGUAACCCCCGGCGUCGUAACAACACGCAUGACCCUCAACGAAAACCACCUCAACAGCAGCGGCAACCUCCACGGCGCAGUCUCGGCGACCAUUAUUGACUUUGUCACCGGUCUGGCGAUUGCUAGUUGGGAUCUGAGAGAGACGACGGGGGCUAGUGUGGAUAUGCACAUUAGUUAUCUGAGUACGGCUAAACUUGGCGAUGUUGUGGAGAUUGUAUCGACGGCUGAUAAAAUUGGUGGGAGUGUUGCGUUUUCGAGCAUUCGGAUCUCAAAGGUUGAGAAGGAUGGGGGGUUGAAGGUUGUUACGUUGGGGCAGCAUACUAAGGAUGUAUAUGGUAACCGAUACUGGACUUCAGUCUGGACACUCCAGAUUGAGAGCAAGUCCAGAUGA